AUCUAAGGUAAUUUUUAUUUUCAAUCUGGCAACAUUGCGUUAAAACUGAUCGUGUCAUCUGUAUCUGGUGUGUGAGCACAUGUCCGUGUAUUCUUGUGAAAAUAAAGUUUAAACUUCUGAGAAUUUUACUUGCUGUCUUUUGUAAACGAUGACCGCUAAAAGAAGAAACAACGGUCGUAGCAAGCAUGGUCGUGGACAUGUAAAACCUGUCCGAUGUACUAACUGUGCUCGUUGUGUACCCAAAGACAAAGCCAUCAAGAAAUUCGUUAUUCGAAACAUUGUGGAGGCCGCUGCUGUGAGAGAUGUAACUGACGCCAGUGUUUAUGAGACUUAUGCUUUGCCCAAGUUGUAUGCAAAACUUCAUUAUUGUGUGUCGUGUGCAAUCCACUCUAAAAUUGUAAGAAAUCGUUCUAAAGAAGGUCGUAAAGAUAGAGCUCCUCCUCCAAGGUUCCAAAGACCAAUAGCAGAUUCAGGACCUCGAGGAAAUGCUCCACGUGUGGUGCCACCAAAAUAAUGUAAUUUUUAUUAAGUAAUAAAAAAAAAUUCAAAGUGUGA